UUCCCUCCUGAUCCACAGCCUUUGGGCUCCGAUGUUCAGGCUGGAGGCUAGCAGCCUGGGGCUUCAGGCUCUGUCUGCUGAGGUUGCUCAUGGAGACAGGCCCUGGGAGCAGGUUCUGAGGCCAGCUCAAAGAGAACCCCAGAGAUGAAGGGCCUCUUCAUGUUGGCUUGGUUCCUGGCUUGCAGUGUGCCCACCGUGCCAGGGGGAUUGCUAGACCUGAAGUCCAUGAUUGAGAAGGUGACUGGGAAAAAUGCCUUGAAGAACUAUGGCUUCUACGGCUGCUACUGUGGCUGGGGCGGCCAAGGGACCCCCAAGGAUGGCACUGAUUGGUGCUGUUGGAUACAUGACCACUGCUAUGGGCGGCUAGAGGAGGAAGGCUGUGGCAUCCGGACCCAGUCCUACAAAUACAGAUUUACACAGGACAUGAUCAUCUGUGAAAAAGGGUCUUUCUGUCCCAUGCGGCUUUGUGACUGUGACCGGAAGCUGGUCUACUGCCUGAAGAGAAAUCUGCGGACCUACAACCCUCAUUACCAGUACUACCCCAACUUCCUCUGCUCCUAGCGCCUGCCCUCCAGGAGCUCCUUCCAGGCUACAACUCCCACCAUGGAAUCCCCCCUCUGUAGAUUCCUGGUGUGUGUUCCCCAGGUCUUCAGACUUUAAUCUUCCUCUGUGCCUCCUGGGGUGGACAGAAACCCAGGGCUGCACUCGACUGGCCAGAGUCCUAGACUGUGAGUGACUCUGGUCUAGGGCUUGGCAAGGUCCCUCUGGCCCUUGGGAGUUCCCCCGGCUCCAGGCCAAUUUCUGUCUCUAUCAGGCUGUCAUCACUACCCUCCAGGGAAUUAUGAAUCAAGUAGAAGCAAAAUUAACUGCAUAAAUCUGCUAUGUAGAUAUUGAAUAAAGUCUUUUCUCAAAGCUGGUGAAGAACCACACAGGCAUUUCUGCUGCUCGUUCGGCAGUGGGAUUGUCUGUCCCUUUUCACCAUUAGGAGCUACAGCCAAGUCACUCUCGCUUUCCUGGAUGGAUACGGCCAGAAAGCAGAAUCUCAGAAUUUUUCUCUUGGGCUCAGUUUUCUUAACCUUGAGGUCCCUCCAGCCAAGCCCCAGGCCUCAUGUUUCUUCAACGGGAAGCUAAAAGUCAUUGUGCCAGUGUAGACGCUAGGAGCAGUGAGGGCAGCAUUAAGUUCCUGGCUCUGGCUUCUUCAGCUGAGUUGGGGAGGGAGUCUUCAUUUAUUCCAGAGCCUUUCUGAUUCUC